AUGACGAGUGCGCUGCUGAGCUCCGUGGGAUGGGUGUACAGGGGUUUGUUUUCGUCCCUGCGCCAGCCCCAGCAGCAGCCCGGAGAGGAGGAGGCCCAGGCAUGGGGACCGGGGCCGCAGGAUUGGGGCGGGCUGCCGUCGCCGGCAGUGCGACCGCCCGCCGGCGGUGUGGAGGAGGUGUACGCGGUGGGCGGCAACGCAGGGUGGCGGCAAAACGCCUUUUCCCCGUUUGAGCCUCCCGUUGCAUGCCGUUCUCGACGACGGCGGCGGCGCUCGCUGGACUCGGUCACGGCGCGUGAAGCGUGUGGCUCGCGUCAUGUGAAGUGCCGAUUCACGGAGCUCCUUCGCCGCUGGAGCUCGCGGAGCAGAGACGGUGGGACCCCCGUCUCCGCGGAGGAGGAGGAGGAGGGGGAGGAGGAGCGGCCAGGGGCCUCGCCCGCCGCUUCGUGGACGUCGACGAGGAUGACGCCGGCAACCUCCACGCCGGGUUCACGUGCCGCGCGGGGUGCUGCUGAUGGCGCUCGCGCAGAAUGCUCUCGAUCUCGCACGCUGGCGCCGCACGAGAGGCGGCAGCAGCCUGUCUCCGUGGAGGACAUGCGGAAUCGUGUCAUGUCGGCGCCCCUCUCAAUGUGGGAGCUUCCGCUGAUAGAAGACGUGGCGCAGAGCGAGCAGUUGUUGGGCAGCCGUGAGAGAGCGAUGAUGGGGGUGAUAAACAACGGUGCCGAGGGGAAGGUGCUUUUCGCGCCGCCCGAGACACCGCAAGGGACCCCGCCACCGCGAGCUCCGCAGGCAGCGGAGGCCUGCGUUGGCCGAAAGAAGCUUCCCGACGUCACGACCGCCUCCUCUUCGCCAGCGGCUGCCGUGGAAAGAAAACAGAACACCGCGUGGGAAAGAGAAGCCCAUCUGUUGGCGCUUCACUUCUGUGAACUGGGGUCGCUGCUGCAGUGUGGCUCCAGGUGGGGAGAUGCUUCGUUGGACGCUGCCGCACAAAAGCCAUGCGGGACGAAAUGGCCCACGGAGAUACAGCCAGCACCCAAUGGGACGGAGGAGUCUGCCAUUUUUGAUGACCUUUCUCGCAGGCUUUUGCGCUCGACCGUCACUGGGGAGGAUCGGCGUGUGCGUGCUGUGUACGAGGACGUCAUGAGUACGGUGUGCGCGGGGAUAAUAGAGGAGGAGGUUGCCCACCGUAUUCAACUCGUCGAGGGUGCCGCUUUGCGGGCGCUGGACCAUUGGGCCGUAAACCUCGUCUUGGCGGAGCUGACGGCGGUGAAGCAGCGGCUUGACCCCGCGCAGGCCCUUUCAACGGGCAUCCGACGUCACAUCAAGGAGCGCAAGGCGGCGUUGCUCACCGCGUUGGAGGAAGACGCGGAGGACAAGGAGGCUUUUGCGUCCGUGCUGCGUCGAAGCACAAGGGGUGGCGGCCAAGCACAGGAAACUGCCGUGUCCCUCAAGAGCGGGCUGGCGCUGAGCUACCAGCAGCUGGCCACAUUGGGACCGGGACAGUGGCUGAACGACCAGGUCAUAAACGCGUAUUUGGGCAUGAUCGCCGAGGAGCGGAACCAGGCGGUGGGCGGGGAGGUGGUAGUUUCACUGGGCACACACUUUUUUGCGCGGGUGCAGCAGGAGUUGCGCGGGGGCGCGUGCGCCGCGGGGAGUCUGCCCGCGCUACACAAAGACAGCGGCAUUCUCCGUUGGCUAAGGCGUCGUCGCCACAUACUGCAACCAGGCACGACACGUAUUGUGCUGAUUCCGGUCAACUUGUCCCAAACUCACUGGGCGCUGGCCGUGCUCAAUUGGGAGCUUCAUACAUGGUACUACUACGACAGCUACAUUCGAAGCACGGCAGCCAUGACGCGCGGUGCAGAGGUGCUUCAGCAGUUGACACACGUCUUUUUGGAGUCACGCCGUAUCCUCUGCGAGGACGAGGUGGGGAACGCCUCUUCACCGGCCGACUGGAGGCUUGUCGUGGCAAGGCCUCUACGUGGGGAUGAAAGCUCCAGCGAGGGAGGCUUUGCCGUUGCGCCGCAGCAGACGAACCUGUACGACUGCGGCGUCUUUGUUUGUCACACGGCGUGGUGUGCGGCGCAAGGCGUCGCCACAGUCUUUGGGCAGAAGGAUGCGACGGCGCACCGGCGGGCCAUGCUGCACGAACUCCUCUGCCAAAAGAGUAUUUUGCAGUUGCCUCUGGCGGCGUUCUUGACGCCGUGA